ACAAAAUUGAAAACAUGCAAAAGCUUUUUGCUUUUUAUCUUGCAAAUUCAAAGAAUAAGCUGCCGCAUUUUUCUUCUAAUGUUGAAAAUUUAUAUGAAGCAUUGUCUAAUAUAAAUUUUUAUGAUGAUGAUGAUUAUGAUGAACAUCUUAAUAAAAAAAAACUAGAGAAUGAAGAAAGACUAGCAAAUGAAGAAAGACUAUUGAAUGAAGAAAGACUAGCAAAUGAAGAAAGACUAGCAAAUGAAGAAAGAUCAAAAAAUAAAAAAAGACUAGAGAAUGAAGAAAGACCAGUGAAUGAAGAAUCUACUAAUGAAAAAACAGAGAAUAAUUUUAUAUUACUAGAAGAAAAAAUAUUAAAAAUCAAGGAAUUGUUGAAUCUUAAUGCAACUAAUUUUACAAAUAAUUUAGAUGAAUUAAUCAUUGAUACUAAUUUUGAAUUUUCUGAUGAGGAAAACAUUAUUGUUCAUGAUAAUUAUAUAGAAAAUGAUGAGGAGAAUUGGGAUCCUGAAAGAGAGGUCAAUGUAAUGUUAAACUAA